AUGCGUCGCGCGACCGGCUGCCCGCUGAGCCAGAUCUGCAUCCCCCCUCCCGCCGUCCUGGUGAGGAGCUUCCCGGUGAGGUCCAGCCCGGAUCCCUGCGGCACCGCCGGCGGCUUCCAGUGCUUCCCUCCCCGCAGGAGCCCCUGCUGCUUCCCCGGCACCACCACCUACGUCAGCCUGGGGAGCCUGGCCGCGGCCCAGGCCGCCGGCUGCGCCAAGCCCUGCGGCCUCGUGGCCACCACGUGUGUCCCCCCGUGCUACCAGGGCAUGGCCGGGUGCACCACCACGUGCAGGAACCCCUGCUGCUGCUGCCGGGUGACCGAGAGCUGCACCAGGAGCCAGGACUGCUGCCAGGAGGUGGCCAAGUGCUCCACAGCCACGUGCCAGGAUCCGUGUUGCCAGGAGGUCACCAAGUGCACAACCACGUGUCAGGAUCCGUGUUGCCAGGAGGUCACCAAGUGUGUCACCACGUGCCAGGAUCCGUGUUGUCAGGAGGUCACCAAGUGUGUCACCACGUGCCAAGAUCCCUGCUGCCAGGAGGUGUCCAAGUGCACACCCACAUGCCAAGAUCCGUGUUGCAAGGAAGUGACCAAGUGCACCACCACGUGUGUGGAUCCGUGUUGUCAGGAGGUCACCAAGUGUGUCACCACGUGCCAGGAUCCCUGCUAUAAGGAAGUGACCAAGUGUGUCACCACGUGCCAGGAUCCCUGCUGCAAGGAGGUCACCACAUGCACCACAACGUGCCAGGAUCCCUGUUGUAAGGAGGUCACCAAGUGCAGAACCAGGUGUGUGGAUCCAUGCUGCCAGGAGGUCACCAAGUGUGUCACCACGUGUCAGGAUCCGUGUUCUCAAGAGGUCACCAAGUGUGUCACCACGUGUCAGGAUCCAUGUUGUCAAGAGGUCACCAAGUGUGUCACCACAUGCCAGGAUCCCUGUUGUAAGCAGGUCACUGCAUGCACCACCACGUGUGUGGAUCCGUGUUGUCAGGAGGCCACCAAGUGUGUCACCACAUGCCAAGAUCCCUGCUGCCAGGAGGUGUCCAAGUGCACACCCACAUGCCAAGAUCCGUGUUGCAAGGAAGUGACCACGUGUGCCACGUGUGUGGACCCGUGUUGUCAGGAGGUCUCCAAGUGUGUCACCAGGUGUGUGGACCCGUGUUGUCAGGAGGUGACCAGGUGUGUCACCACAUGUGUGGAUCCUUGCUGCCAGGAGGUCACCAAGUGUGUCACCACGUGUCAGGAUCCGUGUUCUCAAGAGGUCACCAAGUGUGUCACCACGUGUCAGGAUCCAUGUUGUCAAGAGGUCACCAAGUGUGUCACCACAUGCCAGGAUCCCUGUUGUAAGCAGGUCACUGCAUGCACCACCACGUGUGUGGAUCCGUGUUGUCAGGAGGCCACCAAGUGUGUCACCACAUGCCAAGAUCCCUGCUGCCAGGAGGUGUCCAAGUGCACACCCACAUGCCAAGAUCCGUGUUGCAAGGAAGUGACCACGUGUGCCACGUGUGUGGACCCGUGUUGUCAGGAGGUCUCCAAGUGUGUCACCAGGUGUGUGGACCCGUGUUGUCAGGAGGUGACCAGGUGUGUCACCACGUGUGUGGAUCCUUGCUGCCAGGAGGUCCCCAAGUGCAGAACCAGUUGUGUUGACCCGUGUUGUCAGGAGGUCACCAAGCGUGUCACCACGUGCCAAGAUCCCUGCUGCCAGGAGGUCUCCAAGUGCAGAACCAGUUGUGUUGACCCGUGUUGUCAGGAGGUCACCAAGCGUGUCACCACGUGCCAAGAUCCCUGCUGCCAGGAGGUCUCCAAGUGCAGAACCAGAUGUGUUGAUCCAUGUUGUCAGGAGAUCACCAAAUGUGCCACCAGGUGUGUGGAUCCAUGUUGCCAGGAGGUCACCAAGUGCACCACCAGAUGUGUUGAUCCCUGCUGCCAGGGAGUGACCUCUUGUGCCACCAGGUGUGUGGAUCCGUGUUGCCAGGGGGUGGCCAGGUGUGUCACCACGUGCCAAGAUCCCUGUUGUGUCACCAGAUGUGCCACCAGGGAGUGCCCACCUGCCAAGACCCCUGCUGCCAGGGAGUGCCCACCUGCCAAGACCCCUGCUGCCAGGGAGUGCCCACCUGCCAAGACCCCUGCUGCCAGGGAGUGCCCACCUGCCAAGACCCCUGCUGCCAGGGAGUGCCCACCUGCCAAGACCCCUGCUGCCAGGGAGUGCCCACCUGCCAAGACCCCUGCUGCCAGGGAGUGCCCACCUGCCAAGACCCCUGCUGCCAGGGAGUGCCCACCUGCCAAGACCCCUGCUGCCAGGGAGUGCCCACCUGCCAAGACCCCUGCUGCCAGGGAGUGCCCACCUGCCAAGACCCCUGCUGCCAGGGAGUGCCCACCUGCCAAGACCCCUGCUGCCAGGGAGUGCCCACCUGCCAAGACCCCUGCUGCCAGGGAGUGCCCACCUGCCAAGACCCCUGCUGCCAGGGAGUGCCCACCUGCCAAGACCCCUGCUGCCAGGGAGUGCCCACCUGCCAAGACCCCUGCUGCCAGGGAGUGA